AUGGGAGAGGAAGAAUGGAAGUCACUACCGCCAAGAUCCUCCAUUCCCUUGAGCCAGCCCUCGGGCGACAGCGAAUGGACCAUCUACGAGAUAGUCCCGGGCCACUUCAUCAAUAUCUCAGCCUGCUUUUCGGCCUUCAACUUUGAAUAUCGAGACGUCCACAUGACAGCCGCUGGAGCCAUUACAGAGCGCUCCACGCCCUGGUCGCUGGUCCUGGUCGCCCGGGAGUAUAACAUGCAAGAGGUGGAGACAUACCUCGGCCUCGACCCAUCGCGCCAGGCAAUUGCAGACAGAGGUAUACUCGAUCUGCAAGUCAAGCCCGACAGCAGCACUGACGGCGAUACGACUUACCCACCUCCACCGCCCUUGGAUGAUCUACUCCGUCUACCCGCAGACGAGAUCAGCCCUAGCGCUCUGAUGAUCGAUUCUCUCGAGGGGGCAAUGCACUUUCGGCUCGGCAACGGCCUCGAUGGGAACGUGACCUUUCAGAUGUGUAUGGACUGCACCUCCAAUGGGGUCACCGUGCAUAUGGACUACGCCUGUCUGUUCUCGAGCGUCCUCUUCGGGGAAUCCUCCGGUGCUGGUCGGGCCGCGGAUGCGCUGAGCGCUGUCAUAAACUUGGCGGGCUUUAACGUUUACGACCAGUAUCUGGCCAGUAAGAUGGACUUCGCCGAACAGGUGCGGCUCGUCACGACCCUUGAGGUCAUCGUUCCGGGAUCCUGGCCGCCUUCGACAACCGAGUGCGCUGGUUUUAUUGCUGUGGCAAGUCUCCUGGUGGCGCACCUGGCUGUAGUCACUGGUAUCACGGUGCUGUAUGUCCGUCAUAGGCGUUAUUCGCGGUACGGGAAUGUUUGGCACGCUAUAUCUCAGCUUGUGGCAUCUGAGGAGCUGGAAGAGACAUUGGAGUUGGGCAAUAAUGCCAGCGACAAGGCUGUAGUGGCGAGUUUGCGGACGAAGAAGUCGAGUCAGGAGGAUGUUUUGGUCAAGCUCGGAAAGACUGAUGGGUGCGAGAACAUUAAAGUUUGUAAAUCUGGAACGUAG